AUGAACAAUCCUGCAAUUGUUAUUGUGCCGGGUGCAUGGCACCGACCUGCACACUUCCAAGGCCUUAUUAAUGAGCUAGCAAAAGUCAACUACGAUGCAGAAGCUGUGACCAUGCCUUCAGUGGACUCCAGUCCACCACUGGCCAGCUGGAACAAAGAUGCGGAAGCUGUCCGUCAAGUGAUUAUGAACAAACUGGAUGCUGGGAAGGACGUCGUCGUGCUCGCACAUUCAUUUGGCGGCGUUGCCAUGUCCGAGGCAGCCAAGGGUCUGGGAAAGAAGGAUCGAGACGUACAGGGUUUGAAAGGCGGGGUUCUGAAGCUGGUAUACAUGUGCGCGAUGGCGUUGCCGGAAGGCCAGACCCAUAUCGGCCAGUUAGUCCCGCAGACGCCCGAGGAAGAAGAGCUCGAGCGUCAGCGCAAGGAAUUGGAGGAGAAGUUUGGUGGACUAGAUGUGUCAGCGGACGGAGCAAUUAGUCUCCCGAAAGACCAUAUCCACCUCGUGUUUUAUAACCGCUGCGAUCAGAAGGAUAUUGAUAAGGCUGUGGAGCUGCUCGGUACAUUCCCCGUGGGCCCGUUGACUGUUCCUGCCACGUACACCGCUUACCGUGAAAUACCGAGCACAUACAUUGUCUGCAAAAACGACCAGGCAUUGCGGGAACCGUUCCAACGGAGGAUGAUUGCACAAGGCGAAGGUUGCUUCGAUGUGGAGGAAUGCGAGGAGGGCCAUUCCCCAUUCAUGAGCAACCCGGGCUUCAUUGUCGACUGCAUUCGGAGGGCAGCCGGGGAGAAACUCUAG